AGCGGAGGGCAGUGAGGACAGGCAGGAGCAGCGAUGUGCUAUGCAGUCCAGUCAGCGGAGGGCAGCAAGGACAGGCAGGAGCAGCGAUGUGCUAUGCAGUCCAGUCAGCGGAGAGCAGCGAGGAGAGGCAGGAGCAGCGAUGUGGUAUGCAGUCCAGUCAGCGGAAGGCACUUAGGACAGGCAGGAGCAGCGAUGUGCUAUGCAGUCCAGUCAGCGGAGGGCAGCAAGGACAGGCAGGAGCAGCGAUGUGCUAUGCAGUCCAGUCAGCGGAGAGCAGCAAGGAGAGGCAGGAGCAGCGAUGUGCUAUGCAGUCCAGUCAGCGGAGGGCAGUGAGGACAGGCAGGAGCAGCGAUGUGCUAUGCAGUCCAGUCAGCGGAGGGCAGCGAGGAGAGGCAGGAGCAGUGAUGUGCUAUGCAGACCAGUCAGCGGAGAGCAGCGAGGAGAGGCAGGAGCAGCGAUGUGCUAUGCAGUCCAGUCAGCGGAGGGCAGUGAGGACAGGCAGGAGCAGCGAUGUGCUAUGCAGUCCAGUCAGCGGAGGGCAGCGAGGAGAGGCAGGAGCAGUGAUGUGCUAUGCAGACCAGUCAGCGGAGGGCAGCGAGGAGAGGCAGGAGCAGCGAUGUGCUAUGCAGACCAGUCAGCGGAGAGCAGCGAGGAGAGGCAGGGGCAGCGAUGUGCUAUGCAGUCCAGUCAGCGGAGGGCAGCGAGGAGAGGCAGGAGCAGCGAUGUGCUAUGCAGACCAGUCAGCGGAGAGCAGCGAGUAGAGGCAGGAGCAGCGAUGUGCUAUGCAGACCUGUCAGCGGAGGGCAGCGAGGACAGGCAGGAGCAGCGAUGUGCUAUGCAGACCAGUCAGCGGAGAGCAGCGAGGAGAGGCAGGACCAGCGAUGUGCUAUGCAGUCCAGUCAGCGGAGAGCAGCGAGGAGAGGCAGGGGCAGCGAUGUGCUAUGCAGACCAGGCAGCGAGGACAGGCAGGAGCAGCGAUGUGCUAUGCAGACCAGUCAGCGGAGGGCAGCGAGGAGAGGCAGGAGCAGCGAUGUGCUAUGCAGACCAGUCAGCGGAGGGCAGCGAGGACAGGCAGGAGCAGCGAUGUGCUAUGCAGACCAGUCAGCAGCGAGGAGGGGCAGGAGCAGCGAUGUGCUAUGCAGACCAGUCAUCAGCGAGGACAGGCAGGAGCAGCGAUGUGCUAUGCAGACCAGUCAGCAGAGAGCAGCGAGGAGAGGCAGGAGCAGCGAUGUGCUAUGCAGACCAGUCAGCAGAGAGCAGCGAGGAGAGGCAGGAGCAGCGAUGUGCUAUGCAGACCAGUCAGCAGAGAGCAGCGAGGAGAGGCAGGAGCAGCGAUGUGCUAUGCAGACCAGUCAGCAGAGAGCAGCGAGGAGAGGCAGGAGCAGCGAUGUGCUAUGCAGACCAGUCAGCAGCGAGGAGGGGCAGGGUUAGUUUAGUUAGUUAGACUGUUUUGCU